CGAUUGGUACACGUGUGAGAGGAGCUGGUGUGAAGUGGAUUGAUGCAAGAAAGAAAGAAAAUAAGAAUUCAUUGGAACUGAUCAUCGUCGUCAUCGUUAUCACUUCCAUUGUUGUGAGCAUAGGAAGAAGAAAGAAGAAAUGGAAGAGAAAGUGAGUGGUCGUAAUCAUGUGUUAGUGGUUCCAUACCCAAGCCAGGGCCACAUCAAUCCGAUGCUACAAUUCAGCAAACGCUUGUGUUCGAAAGGACUGAGAGUGACCAUGCUCACGACCGUUUUCAUUUCCAACUCCAUGCAUCUUCAAUCUUCAUCCUUGUUAGGCAGCGUUCAACUUGAUUUCAUAUCAGAUGGGUAUGACGAAGGUGGAUUUGCUGAAGCUGUUUCUAUAGAAAGCUAUUUGUCACGCAUGGAAGAAGUGGGGUCAAAAAGCUUGAGGGAACUUAUAAAGAAAUACAAUGGUUGUGAUGAGGGUAUAGAUUGUGUGGUGUAUGACCCUUUGGUGAUAUGGGUGUUGGAUGUGGCGAAGGAAUUUGGGUUAUUGGGAGCUGCUUUUUUCACUCAAAUGUGUGCUGUGAAUUUGAUAUAUUACCAUGUCUACCAUGGACUUAUCAAGGUUCCUAUUUCAUCACCAAUCUCUAUUCCAGGGCUUCCUUUGCUUCAUCCCAGAGAUGCACCACCCUUUGUUUGUAACCCUUCCUUCUAUCCAGCUUACUUUCAGUUGGUCAUUAAUCAGUUUUCUAACAUUCACAAAGCAGAUCUACUUCUUGUCAACUCCUUCUACAAGCUGGAGGACCAGGUGGUGGAUUCGAUGUCAAAGGUAUGUCCAGUAUUGACAAUUGGGCCAACAGUUCCAUCCUUUCACUUGGACAAGGCAAUCCCAGACGACACAGACAACGUUCUAAAUCUGUUCGAGUUAGACUCAUCACCGAUUACAUGGCUCAAACAAAAGCCUCCACAGUCAGUUAUCUACAUAUCAUUUGGCAGCAUGGUUUGCUUCAGCUCACACCAGAUGGAGGAAAUUGCAUUUGCCCUAAUGGCAACUGGUUUCAACUUCUUGUGGGUCAUCCCUGAUUUCAAUACAAAGAAUCUCUCAGAGGAAAUGGGGAAGAAAAUCGAUGCAUGUGGAAGGGGUUUGAUAGUUAAUUGGGCACCCCAAUUGGAAGUUCUGUCAAACCAUGCUGUUGGUUGCUUUUUCACACACUGUGGAUGGAAUUCAACGCUUGAAGCACUGUGCUUGGGAGUGCCAAUGGUUGCUCUUCCACAGUGGACUGAUCAACCCACCGAUGCAAAAUUUGUUCAGGAUGUGUGGAAAGUGGGAAUCAGACUGAAGGAAGAUGAGAAUGGGAUUGUCACAAGAGAAGAGAUUCAGAAUUCCAUUAGGGUUGUUAUGGAGAAGGAGCUUGGAAGACAAAUGAGGAUUAAUGCUAAGAAAUGGAAGGAAUUGGCUAUUGAAGCAGUCACUCAAGGUGGCACUUCAGAUCACAACAUCAAUCUAUUCAUAAAGCAUCUCAAAAAAUCUUAAACUUUCACUUUAAUAAGGUAGUUUUUCGAAUUUCUUUUUCUAUCUGAAAAUUUCUGUUUUUCUUUUAUCUGAUUGCUUGAUAUUAUAUUGGAUUAUCUCACUAUAUAACAACAUUAUGUAAUUGUAGCAAACAGCAAUUCAGUGUUAUGCUAAGGAUGGUAUUUUAAAA